CGCUUUGGUACUUACGCCUCCCUGACAUCUUGUCAACUCCCAGGAUCUACGUUCUCAUCACCCUCGACCACGCGUCUGUCCCCCUUUUCUUUGAGCAGGAGCAGACUUUACUUUAUCGAUCAUGCCAAAGGUCGUCUCUCGUUCAGCAGUUUCCUCAUCCACGGAUGCACGGCCAACGGCAUCAGCCGCAGCUGCUCUCAGGGUAUACUACUGUAUCUGCGGCGAGUUUAUCCUUGUGAUCGAAAAAAGCCUUUCAGCCCUCCCUAAGCGUCAGACUGAUGGGGCUAUCAUCAUUCGCUCUCAGGAUAGCGGUACAGAGAAGGCGGUCGUUUUCAAAUUAAACGCCAACUCGACCGAUCCCGUUCUUAUCGAAAGGCAAGGGGGACACGAGCGCCAGUAUAGAUUCUCAUGUCCGCGGUGCAAUUUAUUGGUCGGAUAUCAAUCUACCCCACCUCCUGUCAAAUCUGGUUCGUUCCUGUAUAUCCUCAGGGGAGCCCUUACGCAGAUGCAAGGCCAAGUUCCCAAGGACGCUUUUGACGGCGAAGCUGCUUUGGAACUUUCAGAAGGUUCGACCCAAUAGCAUGGUUCGUAUGGGACUGGACACCAAGAAUUGGAUAUAACCUCGAUUCGCGUGUAAUUAUGAUAACAAAAAUCAAAACUUUCGACUCGUAACACAAUAUGAA